UUCGUCUGCAGCGAGUCGUGUAUUGCGUUGGAAGCCUCAUACUCUUUCUUCAUGUCUCUUCGUAUUUGUCCUGUGAUUGUAAGAUAGACCUGCGGCCAUGGUGGAAGAGAUGACGAGUGACCACAACCCCUCUAUCUCCCCAACCUCCUGACGGUACCUACCGCAAUUCUCGGUCGAGACAAGCGACUCAUUGGAAGGGUGCAACCCCAAAGUAAACAAUAUUGACCAAUGGGAAAGUAGACGGCAGACCGAGACAGGAGACGGACCAAGUAUGGCCUGGGGCAUAGCCAUUCCGACUUCCAGCCUGCUUUCGCAGAGGGCUUGUGAGAAGGACUCUGAGAAAGAGCCUCCUUUUCCACAUGAGCUUCGACGAACGGAUGGCAGCGCUACUUUUAAGGCACAGUCUCUCGUAGGACAUCCCAACUUGACCCCCGCGCUCUUCUCCUCUUGGUUUCCACCAUCCCGAGCCUGAUACAGUAAUAGCCUGCAAUUGCCUCGAUACCGCAUGCUCGAUUCUGUCACACCGAAACACCCUGAUCUUCUGAUUGCUUUGUUGUACCUCCUAGUUGCCUCCGCAUCGCGGCCUUGCCGGCUCCUAUUGCACCAACCUACAGUUAACGGCACAUCCCCAGACACUGCAGAACUGCCCGAGCCCAUAAGGGAGGUAUGACUAUGGCGAACCAUCC